AUGGCUCAUGCCUUCCUUCUCUUCCUCUUUUUCUCUUACAUUAUAUCUGCAAAUAUUCAUGGCUGCAAACAAACUGAAAGCAACUCCCUCUUGUCCUUUUCCUCCGCUCUAUCUUCUCCUCAUUUAAAUUGGACAUCCAUUGAUUGCUGUCGUUGGAAGGGCAUCACUUGUGAUCAAGAUGGUUGGGUCACCCGUUUGCUCUUACCUUCCAAAGGGCUCAAAGGAGUUGAUUUGUCCAGCAAUAUCCGGACAGUUGAUUUGUCCAGCAAUCACUUCUUUGGUGCAAUUCCAUCUUCAUUCUUCCAACAAGCAAGCAACUUGACUAAUUUCAAUGUCAGCAACAAUAGAUUCACAGGGUAUGUCCCAUCCUCUAUUUGUCUCCAGUCUUCUCCCUCUGUUAGGCUAUUAGAUUUUUCUUCCAAUGUAUUCAGUGGCAACCUUGCUCUGGGGCUAGGGAAGUGUUCCAAACUGCAGGUUUUUCAUGCCGGUCAUAAUAACCUCUCAGGAUUAUUUCCAGAAGAUAUUUAUAAUGCUACCAAACUUGAAGAAAUUGCAUUACCUUUCAAUUCACUACAUGGAGCCAUUAGUGAUAAAAUUGUCAACCUAACCAACCUUGCCAUCCUUGACCUCUCCUUUAAUCAUUUUGGUGGCGAGCUUCCUCCCAAUUUGGGAAAGCUCUCCAAGUUGAAGUUUGUGACCUUUGAUUUCAACAAUUUAGAAGGUGAUUUGCCCCCAUCUUUGAUGAAUUGCACAAACCUUUUGGAAUUGCGUUUGGGAUCCAACAACUUGGAAGGAGAUAUCUCCAUGCUUGAUUUUUCCAGGCUUACACAACUUACUAAAAUUGACCUAAGGGUGAAUAACUUCACUGGUACGCUUCCAGUAAGCCUUUACUCAUGUAGGUCCCUAAAAGCCAUUCGGUUGAGUUGGAAUCAUCUAGAGGGACAAAUACAUGCUAAGAUUCUUUCAUUGAAAUCCUUGUCCUUCCUCUCACUUGAUUGCAACCGAUUCACCAACCUCACAGAGGCAAUGAAGAUAUUGAUGAGUUGCAAAAGUCUUCACACACUCUCGCUUUCUGGUUCCUAUAAAGGUGAGGGAAUGCCAUCUAAUGAUGACAUGGUUGAUUUUGAUGGAUUCCAAAAUCUUCGGGUAUUGACUUUGACAGAUUCUAACCUCAAUGGUCAAAUACCUUUAUGGUUAUCAAAGCUCAAGAAUCUAGAGAUGUUGCUAUUGGGUUAUAAUCAAAUCACAGGGCCAAUUCCAAGUUGGUUGGGGACUCUUCCUAGGCUGUUUUAUAUAAACUUGUCAAACAACCGAAUUUCAGGUGAAUUUCCAAAGCAACUUUGUAGACUACCAAGGUUGCUUUAUGAACCUAAUAUUACAUCUCAAGCAAACCAAUAUGAAUUUGAAUUGCCUAUCUACGUCCGGCGUGUCAACCAACCCACAAUUCAAUCUUUUCCAACGCAGAAAUUGUAUUUUUUUCCAGCAACGAUAGACUUAUCUAAGAAUAACAUUGUUGGUGAUAUACCUACUGACAUCGGCCAAUUGCAGCUUCUCCAGUUUUUGGGUCUUGACUCCAACAACUUCUCCGGUGUCAUUCCAAACCAAAUAUCUAACCUUAAAAGUUUAGAGGGUUUGUACCUCUCCAUGAAUCACUUGUCUGGAAUAAUCCCAUCAUCAUUGGCAAGCCUUAAUUUCUUAAAAGAAUUUAAUGCCUCAUACAAUAAUCUUGAAGGACCAAUACCAAUAGGCACCCAGCUCCAAAGCUUCAAUGCUUCAGCCUUUGAGGGGAAUCCAAAACUUUGUGGUGCCCCACUUCCAAAUAAGUGUGGACCAAAUAAGGGCAUUGAUGCAGAUAAAAAGAACAACAAAGACAUGCAUAAUGGGCUUCAUCAACUUCCAUGGUUUUAUAUUUUCACUGCGUUGGGGUUCAUAGUGGGAUUUUGGGGAGUCUGUGGUUCUUUAAUUAUUAACAAGACAUGA